CUAAAAGGCCAUGACGUACCAGCCAUCUUUGCAGUUCUCCAGCAGUGUGCCAGGUGCCAACUCUGGACAGCAUCUGAGCUUAGCGAUUUGCAGCCCGAAGCUGUAGGCCAGCAAGUGGAGGCCCGCCGCAGACCGACCCUUUCUCCCACCCCAAACAGGCCAGGCUGGUGUCGCCCUUCCCCCCGUCACCAAAGUUCCCACCAUGAGUGUUUUGACAAGUCGCCAAGCCGAAGAGCUGCACAAGUCCAUCAUCGCUUACCUGGCUGCCAACAACCUCCCAAACUCCGCCGCCGCCCUCAGGACAGAGCUCAACCUGGAAGAAGAUGGCUUCGACGCUGCCACGGCCAAGAAGUACGAGAACCUGCUCGAGAGGAAAUGGACCAGCAUCGUGCGGUUACAGAAGAAGAUCAUGGAUCUCGAAUCGCGAAAUACCGCCUUGCAGUCUGAACUCGACAGCAUAACCCCCGCCUCCCUGACACAGCGCAACAAAGACCCCUCGUCUUGGUUGCCCAAACCACCACCUCGAUACACACUCGAAUCACACCGAAAUACCAUCAACUGCAUAGCGUUCCACCCUGUCUUUUCUCUGCUUGCCACCGGCUCUGACGAUUAUACGAUAAAAAUAUGGGACUGGGAUGUUGGCGAGCUGGAGAACACCAUCAAAGGCCACACUAGAGCCAUUCUCGAUGUCGAUUUUGGCGGCCCUAAGGGCAACACUCUCCUGGCUUCCUGCAGUUCGGAUUUGACCAUCAAGCUGUGGGACCCAGCCUCAGACUACAACAACAUCCGGACGCUGGCAGGUCACGAUCAUAGCGUCAGCGCAGUGCGAUUUAUACCUGCCUCGGCAAACUUGCUGGUCAGUGCGAGCAGGGACAAGACAUUGAGGAUAUGGGAUGUCACCACAGGAUUCUGCGUCAGGACACUAAGCGGCUCCAGCGGUUGGGUCAGGGAUGUAUACCCAUCCUUCGACGGCCGCUACCUGCUCUCGGCCGGAGACGACAUGACCGCCCGGCUGUGGGAUAUUUCCGAGGCCAACAGCACAGAAAGCAAGGUCAUCAUGACAGGCCACGAACACUACAUCGAAUGCUGCGCCAUCGCUCCCCCGGCUUCAUAUCAAUACCUCGCUCCGCUUGCCGGUCGGACAAAACCCCCUCCGAGCAGCAGCUCGGCAGAAUACAUGGCCACGGGCGGCAGGGACAAGGCGAUACGGCUCUGGGACGCCCGCGGGAUAUGUCUCAAGACCCUGAUCGGCCACGACAACUGGGUGCGCGCGCUCGUCUUCCACCCGGGCGGCAAGUACCUCCUCUCGGUGGCGGACGACAAGACGCUGCGGUGCUGGGACCUCACCCAGGAGUGCCGCUGUAUCAAGGUCAUUGGCGAGCCCCACGAGAGGUUCAUCACCUCGCUGCGCUGGGCACCGAGCAUCGUGCGGAGCGUCGAGGCCUCGGCUGGCGAUGGCACCCCCACCCGGUCGCAGGACGGAGAAGCGAGGAACGGCACCACGCCGAAAGCCCAGGACGUGCAGAUCCGGUGUGUGGUUGCCACCGGGGGCGUGGAUUGCAAGCUCAGGAUCUUCACGACAUGACGAGAAAUGGCACUGUCUUCGACAAAAAGAAAAAAAGUCCCAAGCUUCUUUACUUUUCACCUAGAUCAUCGUAAUAUCCACAGGGGGAGGAGAAUGGGUGGGCUCUGUUCAUUCAUGUCAAAUGUGGCCUUUUUGGUGGUGCGGCCAACAAAUCUUGCUUUGUGUCUGUCUUAUUUUUUAACACCCGCCUUCAAUACCCUUCCAAUUCCGGCAGUUGUUUCUGGCCUUCCCACCCUCAUGCUUCUGGCGCGUGGUUUUUGUCGGGCUGUGUUGCUUCAUAUAGACACACGGCUUACCCCCGGUGAGGGCUUAGAUCGAGCGGUUGCGUCUCACUUCUGCUGCAUAGGAUGGCGUUGGUGGACUUGCCCAGCUGAUACACAAAUCGCAUGUCCUGUCGUCUGAAAAAUCAAAACUGGAAUAAACUUGGCCUCUAAAUUAGA